UGUGUGAACAACUGUCGAAAAUAUUUCAUUGUUAACUUCAAUGGGUGCCGCCAUCUUGGAAAUUAGAAAAUGGCGUCGACAUCUACAGAAGCAAGUACAUCUAAUGAUGACCAUCACAAGAAGAAGAGUCGACUGGAUAGAUUUAAAAAUCUGGAGUUGAAGAUGAAUGAAGCUCGCAAGAUGAACCACCAAGAGGUUGUUGAGGAAGACAGGCGUAAGAAACUGCCAGCAAACUUUGAACAGAAGAGAAAAUUCAUUGAUUGGGAAGAACAGGAGGAAAAGAAGAGAAAGGAGGCAGAGGCGCGUGGGGAGGACUAUGACAGGGUCAAGUUGCUGGAGAUAACAGCCGAUGAGGCAGAGAAAUGGGAACGAAAAAAGAAAAAGAAAAACCCGGAUCCUGGAUUCUCAGGCUACGAAGCGGCCACAUUGAGAGCGUAUCAGAGGAACACAAAGAACUUGAAGCCUGAUAUGCAGGAGGUGGCUCGACAAAAACACAAACUGGGUGAUGAUUUCUAUGCUGGGACGAACACUCUGGGUCUCACACAGGUCAAGGACAAUCCAGAGGCAGUCAACAGAAUGGUGGACGACCUGGAGAAACAGAUUGCCAAGAGAGCCAAAUACAGCAGAAGACGUACCCAUGAUGAAGAUGCUGACAUUGACUUCAUCAAUGAGAGGAAUGCCAAGUUCAACAAGAAGUUGGAGAGAUUCUACGGCACAUAUACAGCAGAAAUUAAACAGAACUUGGAGAGAGGGACAGCUGUUUAGUGACGACAAUAACUUCCUGUGGAAAUUGAUAAAAAAACUUGGGAAUGUGGUUUUUGUAUUACUCGUAUGGUGUGUUCACACAUGUGGUGCAACAUUCAUCAUGAUCUUGUACCAUUCACUUAUUGAAUUUGAUUAGUUUUCAUCAGUUUUCCAAUGACCACAUUGAUAUGGUAAUUGAAGUCUUAACAGUUGAAUUCUCCCACAAUUUCUCGAAAAGAGUGAAUGGUAACAAAUGUCAAAUGUGCGAUAAAAGACAGUGUCAACGUGGCUUUAUUUUUUUUCCAUAAAAGCCAUUGAAUGCAUACAGUGAUUUACUUCAUAAACAAAUUUUAUGUUAAAUUUGCUUCAAGCCUUAAGAAGACCUUUGUAAAUCUGACUAUGUAGAAUUGUUGAGAUAUUCUCUUAACCCUUCACCCUUAGAUACGUAUUUUGACGCAUUUAUAGUCAUAUAGAAAGUAACAUUUAAUAAAAGACCUUUAUUACUAAAUUAUAAUUUUAAAGGCUUCAUUACCCUUAGUUUCUGAUGAGCAGCAAACAGCAUAAAACCUGAACAGACAGUAAGUUACUUGCAGGCUGUUCGGGUUUUAUGCUGUUAGCACAUUUUCACUUUGCCUCAGAGUGGGAAAGGGUUAAAAAAAAAAAGCUACCUAUUCUUAAAGUUUUCUUCUCUUCAAUACCAUCAGUUUUCUACUCAUCUCCAUCAAACUUGAUCACAAGGUUUAAGUUAUACUAAUUUGCAUUUGUCAGCUGUCAACUCAAAGAAUUGUAAAGUAAUAGCCCUCGAUUUAUUAAAAAUUUGCUCUUUUUCUUUUUGUUUCUUUUUGCCACACAGUUUUCGACUCAUUUACAAAAAUGUUUUGUUAUUUCAAGAUUGCUUUUAUCUAAGAGCAUAUGUUACUAAUUUACUAAUAUCCUAUGACAUUUUAAGAUUCUGAUUCAUUAUUUCUAGAUACCGCAUACAUUUUUUUUUAAACAAAUGACAUUCGUUGGUUUUAUUUAUUGAAAUGUGUAUUGUUUUUUAACUUUCGUUUUUUUAAGUAAUAUUUUUACAUAUUUAUUUUAGAUGAAUAUGGUGUAAAUAAAAACAGUUACAUAAAAUAUGUUUCCAAUCA